AUGGGUGUGCUGUUAAAUGAGGAUGAGUUGCCAACGCCGCAAAUGUUAGCGGCCUACCGAACUUUUGAAUAUGUCGCUUAUGUGGUUAGUUUGAUCAUAUUGGUCAUAACUGUGGCUACUAUACUGUGUAAGUCGCAAGAUGACCAAUAAAAAGAUGAUUUUUGUCAGCAAGUUCGCAAGCUGUUGGACAAUAUCGAUGGUACCUGCUGCAUGGGCUGGCAUGGUGAGUUUUUUCAAAAAAAUACUACAUAAGAGGGUCAAGAUUUAAUCAAAAUUUUCAAAUUUUGCUCGAUCUAUUCGCAGUUAAUUCCAGGUUAUUUGUAUUCGACACUUUUGGCACUCUUAUUGGAGCAGUGACUCUCUUCCCAGUUCCCUGUUACUAUGGCAUAAAUGCCGCCGCAAGUAUUGUUGGGACUAAACAAAUUGUCUACUUCUUUAUUGGAGUCGGCAGUAUCAUUGGCAAAGUCUCGGCACUGGUUUGGCAAUUUGAAUUUCGAUAUUAUCAAGCUCAGCCGAGCACUUCUCGUUACCGGCAUAUCUGCGGUUUGUAUUCGGAGAAAACAUGGGUCGUCUUUCGAGUUUGUCUAUUGUCUUCAUUCAUCGCCGUUGUCAUUGUGAGUAUUUUUUUAGCGGAAGAGAUGAAAACGUACCAAUUUUUAUAAAUGAAACUUGGCAAAAAUUUGCAAGAAAAUUUUUAGCGAUAGAUUUGCUAUUUUUAGAAAAUCUUAACCUCAAUUAAUGCCAAGUUUUGUCAAAAUCAGCGCUUCAAACUCUGAACACUCCCUCCCUAACUUCUCUUUUCCCUCUUCCAGGCCCCGCUCGCCAUUUCUUUUCCGGAUCAAGAAAAGCAACGGCAAUUCCUGAUCUCCUUGGACCCAGUGAUCGCCAAGAUCAUCGCCCAGCAUCCCGGGAUGAUGUGUUUUUCCACUGGCACCAAUUCCAACAGUGUUAUCAUCAUCCCCUUCAUCCUGGCGCUCCUACUUCCUUGGGUCGGUGGCUAUGCAACGUAUUUGAUUUACGCCGCAAUCCGGAAACAACAGUUAACAACGAAGACGCGGCGACUUCAGAUGAUGUUGUUCUGGUCGUUGUUCGCUCAAUUGGCCGCACUUUUUUUGUUGGUCCUAGUGCCAGCUACUGUUUAUCUUGGCGGGCCUUUAUUUGGCUUCAGGAAUUUGCCCAGGAUUUCGAUUUUUUGCUUUUAUCCAAUUCUACUUCACACUGCUACGGAUUGUGCCUUAAUUCUGUAUUUUAUUACGCCUUAUCGGCGCAAAUUGAUGAACAAAUUCCGUGCCUUAGGGAACUACGCUCAUCUGGUGGAGAGCUCGUCCAUUCAAAAUGUGAAAGUGUCUCCGAGCAGAAACGGGAGCUUUGCCAUUCCGCGAGAGUAA